AUGAGCGGGCUCGCGGCCGGGAUUCGGUUGGCGAUGUACGAUCAGCGCGUCUGCAUCCUCGAGAAGCACACCACCAUCGGCGGGCUCAACUCGUUCUAUCGGCUGCGCCGACGGGAUUACGACGUUGGCCUGCAUGCGCUGACGAACAUCACGCCCAAGGGGACGAAGAAGGGACCGCUCGCGCGGCUCUUGCGGCAGUUGCGGUUUAGCUGGGACGACUUCCAGAUCUCGCCGCAGAUCGGCUCGCAGGUCGUCUUCCCGGGCCAUCGGUUGCAGUUCGACAACAACCCCGAGCGGCUUGCCGAGUCGGUUGCGCGCGAGUUCCCAGCGCAGGCCGACAACUGGCGCCAGUUCAUUGCGUCGAUCGCCGACUACGACGACCUGACCGACGAGCACCAGCAGCAGUCGGCCCGCGCGGUGGUGUCGAGCUUUCUGACCGAGCCGCUGCUCGUGGAGAUGCUCUUCUGCCCGCUGAUGUUCUACGGGUCGGCCCGCGAGCACGACAUGGACUGGGGCCAGUUCUGCAUCAUGUUCCGCAGCAUCUUUCUUGAGGGACUGGGCCGGCCUCAUGCGGGCGUGCGGCUGAUCCUCAAAAACCUCGUGAAGAAGUUUCGUGGCCUCGGCGGUGAGCUGAAGCUUCGCAGCGGCGUCGAUCGGAUGCACGUCGAGAACGGCCGCGUCGUCGGCGUCGUGCUGGAGAACGGCGAGGUGAUCGAAGCGAAGCGCAUUCUCUCAUCGGCCGGUUGGUGCGAGACGAUGCGCCUCUGCGACGACGGCCAGCCCGUCGAG